AUGCAGCUUCCAUGGGGAACACGAUCUCUGAGUGUGAUAAAGCUUUGUCUUCACGUUUUCCUUAACCGACAGGAGCAACCACAGCCUGGAGAAGAUCUCUAUGAAUAUAAUGAGCCAGGGAAACCCUUUUAUAUUAUAGACCACUUUUUCAGGACCAGACAAUUCCUUCUGGAGAGACCCCCCCCCCAUGAAUGUCAAGAGAGCAGGAAGUCCUUCUUCCAGAACACUCACCUAAUCACACCUGAAAAACUCCGCAGCAUGGAUAAGACUUAUGCAUGUGACCAGUGUGAAAAGUCCUUCUGCUACAGCUCUGACCUUCUCAGGCACGAGAAGACUCAUACUGCAGAGAAAUUCUUCCAGUGCCAAGAAUGUGGACAGGCCUUCAAGUAUUCCUCGAAUCUGCGAAGACACCUGAGAACUCACACCGGAGAGAAGCCCUUUGAAUGCAGUCAGUGUGGGAAAACCUUCACCAGGAACUUCAACCUAAUUCUGCACCAGAGAAACCACACAGGAGAGAAGCCCUGUGCAUGCAAGGACUGUGGGAAAGCCUUCAACCAGCCCUCAUCUCUCCGGAGCCACGUGAGAACUCACACUGGAGAGAAGCCCUUCGCAUGCAGCCAGUGUGGGAAAGCCUUCAGGGAACACUCGUCCUUGAAGACGCACCUGCGGACUCACACCAGAGAGAAACCCUAUGAGUGCACUCAGUGUGGGAUGCCCUUCAGGACCAGCACACACCUGAACGUGCACAAGAGAAUCCACACGGGGGAGAAGCUGUAUGAGUGUGUGACCUGCGGUCAGGUCUUGAGUCGUCUGUCCACGCUUAAGAGUGACAUGUGUACUCACAUGGGAGAGAAGCCCUACUAGUGCCAGGAGUGUGGACGAGCCUUUAGUGAGCCCUCGUCCCUCAGGAAACAUGCGAGGACUCAUAGCGGCAAGAAGCCCUAUGCGUGCCAGGAGUGUGGGCGAGCCUUCGGCCAGUCUUCACACCUCAUUGUGCGCGUGAGAACCCACAUCUCGGGGAGACCCUACCAAUGCAAUCAUUGUGAGAAAGCCUUCAGGCACAGCUCCUCACUUGCUGUGCACAAAAGGACACACAGUGGCAGCGAGAACAUCAGGAAAGGUGGCUUGCCUUUGUCAGCGUCUCACUCCUACAGCGGCCCCUCGUCAGUUAGCUGUGGGUUUGGAGAAGUGUAAACA